CUUCUAAUCGUUAUCACCUUUGCAAUAAAAUUCUUUCCCAUAAAAAAUAAAUCAGACUCGCUUUCGGCCCGACACUACUUUCUAUGGCUUAACUUCAUUGUUCACCAUGUCAAUUUGCAGUUCAUCGGCCCGACAGAUAACAAAUCUUGCAGCAUAGGCCUCGAGAUCUUGUUUGCGAAGCUUUCAGUAAAUCCUCAACUAGAUCAUCUUCGUCACAAGUUUCUUCGAUCGGGGUAAAAGGUACCUGGUGGUGCCUGGGCUGGGGCGAAGUCGUCGGUCACUUUGACUGCGCAUUUGACGUAGUGACGUAUAUGACGUCCCAAUGAUCCAGUGGAGAUGUACGGAUUUGUAGUGUUGAGGCUGGGAAUCAUGGUACGCUCGUCACCCUCUGGUCGGUCACUUCCUCUUGCACAAAGACAAAAGUUUCGUGCAGGGCUUCGUAAAUUUCGUCCUCUGGAUCCUCCAAAGUAUAUUCUUCCACCAAGUUCCCUUCAACACCCCCGCUCGUCGUAG